AUGGAAUCUUUCAGCAAGAAAGUUCGGACCUUUGAUGCAUUUCCUAAAGUGGAUGCGCAGCAUCAGGUACGAUCUUCAAGAGGAGGGUUUUCAACCUUGCUCACGAUAUUUUGUGGGCUUUUAAUUCUUUGGGUUGAAGUUGGUGGGUUUCUUGGUGGAUAUGUUGACCAUCAAUUCACAGUGGAUCCAGAGAUACGAUCUCAACUUCUGAUUAAUAUGGAUUUACUUGUUGCAAUGCCAUGUGAAUUCAUCCACACAAAUGUGAUGGAUAUUACCGAUGAUAAGUUUCUUGCUGGAGAAUUACUCAAUUUUGAAGGUACGAAUUUUUUCCUCCCACCAACGUUUGAUAUUAAUAAUGAAAAUGCCAAGUAUGAGACUCCUGAAUUGGAUGAGGUCAUGCAAGAAUCGCUUCGUGCACAAUUCAUGAGCGAGGGUCAUCGUUCAAACCAGGGAGCGCCAGGUUGUCAUAUCUUUGGCUCCAUUCCUGUUAAUCAAGUAAGUGGAGAUUUCCAUAUCACCGGUAAAGGAAUUGGUUAUAGGGAUAGACUGAAUGUUCCAAUGGAUGCGCUUAAUUUUUCACAUGUAAUUAAUGAAUUUUCAUACGGAGAAUUUUAUCCGUUUAUUAACAAUCCAUUAGAUUUUUCUGGUAAAACCACUGAAGAUUCACUUCAAGCUUACAAAUACUAUACAAAAGUUGUACCUACAGAAUAUGAAAGACUUGGAAUACUUAUCGAUACCAACCAAUAUUCUCUUACAGAACAACAUAUUACUUAUGAGAUUAAAACAGAUGGGAAAUUACUGGGCCUCCCAGGUAUAUUUUUCAAAUAUGAAUUUGAACCUAUUAGAUUGAAAAUUAUUGAAAGAAGAAUUCCAUUUAUUCAAUUUGUGUCUAGAUUGGCUACAAUAAUAGGAGGAUUAGUUGUACUUGCAGGGUAUCUCUACCGAUUAUACGAAUCCAUACUUCUGGUUUUAUUUGGGAAAAAGUACGUUAACAGAGACACAGAAAAACCUGGAGGACUUCUUGAUUCAAAGACGCCACCAAUCGAAUCUAAAAACUAUUGA